ACUUGAUCGUGGUUUGCGAUUGGUGGAUUCGAUCACGUGGGCAACAACGUCAAGGAAACAAACAAAGAAGGAUUCCGGACUGGUUCAUUCGCUACUCGUCACGUAUGCUCUGCCGUUGUCUGCAAAAAAAUCUAAAGAAAUACGUGACUUUCGUCAACCAGCAAUCAGUUUUCAAGCGAUUUCCAAUCGUUGUACCAACGAAACCGGAUAAUUAGCACGAUGUCAUCGUCAAAAUCAAGUGUGGACGAUAUCUUAGGAGACAAUUCUUCAGAGUCUUGGGUUCAUAUCGGAUCCAGUUGCGGUUCUCAAGGUGGCGGAACCCCAGGAUCUGUAACUCCUCAACUCAACCCAGAGGAGUACAUCCGGCUUCUUCGUGAAGCUCAAAGGGAAUCCAAUUCAUCAUCUGCACGCGUCUCGCCACGCAGUAGUCCUAAAUCACCUCCAAACAGCCCAGUUCAAGGAACUCCACUUAUUAUGGAAUGGCAAUCCUAUUAUCUUAACACUGAAAUUAAAGAUGAUCCAGAAAUUUUUUGUGAUUGGAGUAGCCGUCCUGAUCAACAACCACCAAAAAAUUGGACAUUUAGAACACCAAAAGCUGAUGUUUUGAGUUUACGUUAUGCCAAAGUGGGUAAUGAUAGCGUAUUUUCUCGUCGAGGUCUCUGCACGUUAUUCCUCACGAAUUUGCUGUCAUUGCUGUUGGGUACUGGUGUAGGAUUGUGGUUGAGCAAAUACGGCUUUUUUGUGCCAGCUGUAAAGGUCCGUUAAAUAGAUGUGGGUUUUUUUGUGGGGGUCGGAAAUGGGAGGACUGUUGCCGUUUUUUUAUAUACGCCUAUGUGAUUAUUUGUAGUUAUGGCUUGUGACUGUUGCCUUGUGAGGAAACGGGGAUUUUCUACUCAUGGUCAUAAUGAA